AUGAGUCUAACUUGUGUUUUCUUGGUUCAGUCAGGUCAGUUCAGUGAGGACAUGAUUCCCACCGUGGGCUUCAACAUGAGGAAGGUCACCAAAGGCAACGUGACUAUAAAGAUCUGGGACAUCGGUGGGCAGCCUCGAUUCCGGAGCAUGUGGGAGCGGUACUGCAGAGGGGUCAACGCCAUUGUUUACAUGAUAGAUGCUGCAGAUCGUGAAAAGAUAGAAGCCUCUCGAAAUGAGCUACAUAAUCUUCUAGAUAAACCACAGUUACAAGGAAUCCCAGUGCUAGUACUCGGAAACAAGAGAGACCUUCCAAAUGCCUUGGAUGAGAAACAGCUCAUUGAAAAAAUGAAUCUGUCUGCUAUCCAGGAUAGAGAAAUCUGCUGCUAUUCAAUUUCUUGCAAAGAAAAGGAUAAUAUAGAUAUCACACUUCAGUGGCUUAUUCAACAUUCAAAAUCUCGAAGAAGCUGA